AUGUCUGAAAACCAGGACGGCGCUCUCCCCCGCGCUCAACCCCUCCCCAAGCGGAACGUCCCCCCUCGCGUAUCGAGGCCGAGGCCCGCGCAGCCCGGUAACGAGGAGGCCGGCGCGGUGCUGAACCUCGGCGAGUUUCAGGAUGUCGACACGUUGACUUUGUCUGAAGCUUCUCUCGUCAUCAAUGCCCUCAUCGCCAAGCGGAGGAUGGACCAUAGGAAUGUCAAUGAGACUGAGAUGCUUCAGCAAACCCUCACUUAUCUCGACAACUUUGCCCGAUUCACGAGAAAGGAGAACGUUGAAGCCGUGGAGCGCCUUCUCAGCUCCUGCACACAAUUAUCAAAGUUUGAGAGGGCUCAGCUCGGCUCACUCUGCUGCGAAUAUGCCGAAGAGGCGAAGACGCUGAUCCCUUCGCUACAGGACAAAAUCAGCGACGAGGAGCUUCAGCACCUCCUCGAUGAAAUCUCGAACCUCCAGGGCAAAUAA